GUUGGUGGUUGCUGUAAGCUGUUUGUUGAACCUUGCAAGUUGCAUCUUUCUUCAAAUUUAAUGUACAGUAACAUACAAUUUCGCCGAUUAAUUUAAUAAUAUCUGUGUUGUCUCAUGUCUGUAUAACUAACGUGAGAUCUCGUAAAAGCCUCAAGUUUGUACGUUGUCAAAAAAGUUACUCGCGCCCGUGUAGUUUAUGCGCUUCGCUUUGUUUCGUAGUAGAAGCAACUUUUUAGUUUAUAUUUUUUGUAAGAACCUUUGAAAUACAAACUUCGCACCACGAUGGAUAACCUGAAGCAAUUUAAUAGCAUGGGUGCAGAGGACAACUGGAGGUCCCAGAGCUUUAGACAGAGUGUUGUGUCUAAAAUUGAAGAAGUAAUACAGAGAUCAGGAAUGCAAGUUGCCCGAAACAGCAGUGAAAUGGAGAAUCAUGUGUUUAUGAAAGCAAAAUCACGAGAGGAUUACAUGAACAUGGUGGCUAAACUUAUCCUGCAUGUCAGAGAGAUGUCUAAGCCGACACAAAAUCAAGGUGCACCAAACAUGCAGGGGCAAAAUCCAAACCAGCCCGGCCCCAACAGUCAAGUCCAGAACCAGCCGGGUCAGGCACCUCAGGGGCCCAACAAUCAGCAGGGAAUGCCGACGGACCCCAUAAACGCCUUGCAGAACAUGGCGUCCCAGGGAACCAGAAAUCAGAUGAUGAACAUGGGUCAGGGUCAGAUGCAGCAGGGUGUCAUGGGCCCCAACGCCGGGAUGGGAGGAAUGCAGGGGCAGAUGGGGCAGCAGGGCCCCAUCGUGUCCCAGGGCCCCCAGGCUCAGCCGGCGACGAACCUUCUCCAGACUCUCAAUCAGAGACCACAGCUGAACAUGCAACACAAGCUGGGCAUGGUCCCCAACCAGGGUCAGAUGGGCUCCAACAUGGUGGGGGUGGGAGGGAUGGGCAUGAACAUGGGCAGCCAGCUCCAGAGCCAGCUGGCGGGGCCGGGUAUGCAGGGCGCCAUGAUGUCCAACAUAUCCAUGCCACCCUCCAUGCAGGUGCCCAUGUCGGGGGCCAACACGAUGGGCCAGAUGCAGUGCAACCAGGUGGUGGGAGGGAUGGGCGGACAGAUGGCGCCCAACUCCAUGCAGGGACAGAUGCCUAACCAAAUGGGCAACAUGGGCAAUAACCAGCUGGUGAACAUCAACAUGCUGCAGAUGCACCGCGGGCAGGGCAAGGAGGUGGUGAUGGGGGCGCAGUACGCGGCCGGCCGGGCUCCGCCCCACAACCAGUUCCUGCGCCAGAGCCCCUCCCCCUCCGCCUCCAGCCCGGGCAUGCCGGGGCCCAGCCCUGUUGGCAUGGGAGGCGGCGUGCUGAGCGGCGCGCUGUCGUCGCCGAUGCCGGGUCUGAGCGGCAUGGGCUGCGGCGCCGGCAGCCCCUCCGCCCCGCACCACCUCGGACAUCAUCCACCGCAGCAGAGGGUGAACAUGGGUAUGGUAGCGUCGCCGUCGUCGUCGCUCAACACGCCGGUGGGCGGAGGUGGGGGCGUGGCCUCGCCGGGCGGGGAGGAGGCCGCCUACCGCGAGAAGGUCCGCCAGCUGUCCAAGUACAUCGAGCCGCUGCGCCGCAUGGUCAUGCGGAUGGUCAGCGAGGGAGAGAACGUGGAGAAGCUGACGAAGAUGAAGAACCUGCUGGACAUCCUGUCGAACCCCAACAAGCGCAUGCCGCUGGAGACGCUCAUCAAGUGCGAGGUGGUGCUGGAGAAGCUCGACUUCAAACGCAGCGAGGGCGUCGGCCUCGGCCUGCCGCCCGCGGGGAAGGAGCAGAUCUUCAACCCGCUGCUGGAGGUGGUGAAUAACUGCCUGCAGUCGCCGCUCGCUAACCACACGCUCAAGCGCACCUUCGGCCCCACACUCGACGCGCUCAACGGACCCGAGAUCAAGAACCUGCCGCCGCCGCCGCCUAAGAAGCAGAAAGUGGAAGAGAACACGAUGGACAUCCCCGACGUGCUGCAGGGCGAGAUCGCCAGAUUGGACUCCAGAUUCAAGGUGUCGCUGGAAACGAUGCAGCUAUCGGGCGGCUCGGGCGCGAUAUCGCUGACGGCGCAGCUGGACGACGCGCGGCUGCCGUGCGUGCCGGCCGUGCGCGUGUCCGUGCCGCGCGACUACCCCGCCGCCGCGCCCGCCAGACUCCGCCCCAAGACCGCGCCCGCUCACCCCGCCUCCUUCCUCGCGAGGGUGGAGCGCGCUAUGGAUGCGCGAUGCGCCAGGUUGCCGAAGAGCUGCAGUGUCGGUCAGCUGCUGGACGCGUGGGAGAUGUCGGUGCGGCAGGCGUGCGCGCCCGUCGCCACUGCGUACACACCCGUGCCCGCACUCGGCCUGUAAGGGCCACGCCCAUACCCGCACUCAGCGUGUAAGGGCCACGCCCAACAACGUUAGAUCUGAGGCCCGCUCCAUGCCAUGCGAUAACAUAGACCGGAUUCAUACUUAAGUAACAGUGGCAGUGCUAAGGCCCGUGCGGUACCAUGCUCAGAUCAGGUUCAUCAUCAUAGUUGCCAACUUAGGUAAAGUAUUCAAAUAUACGGUCGUCGAGAUCAAACGGCCACACUAAAACACCCGCGCCAUACAAUGCGGUGGCAUGCUAAGGCCGAGUUCAUACAUACCGAUUGAAAGCUAAAAUUAAAGUUCAAAUGACCACAGAAAUCUAACGGUCAAUGUGACUCACAAGAAAUGGGUUAAUUUUAAUUAAGGUUGUAGUUAAGAAAAUUUUUAAAUGAGUGGUUGAUGAAUUGCGUGAAAAGAAAUUAUUGCAUUUUUAAAACAAGGAAUGUUGUCAACGUAGAAUUAAUAUUUUAUAAUCAAUAAAUUAUAUUUAUACUGAUAACAGUAGCCCUACAGUCUAGUCCUAGUAGCACGGCCACCAGUAGAAAUGCGAAAGUAUAGACAAACUGUGGACAUA